UGAUAUUUCAUCUUCUUCAGCGCCGAUCUCUCUCUCUCUCUCUCAUGGCGAAAACCCUAGAAUCUCUUCUCUCUCACGCAAAUGCGCGCUUGAAGUCACUCUCCGAAGCUUCUCUAAGAAGAUCCCGCUAUUUUUCCUGCUUCUCAACCACCAGCAGCUGCCAGAUUAGGGAAGGUAAUGUGGAAAGCUGAUAUUUUCUGGUGAUGAUUGGCUGAUUGUGGAAUCAUGUCGACGAGUGCUAAGUCGAAGCUUGACAAGAUGAAAGUGAAAGUGGUUUUUCGGAUCCAGUUCCAUGCUACUCAUAUUCCACAACCAGGGUGGGACAAAUUGUUCGUGUCCUUCAUUCCUGCUGAUUCUGGAAAGGUAACAGGAAAGACAACCAAAGCAAACGUGAGGAAUGGGAGUUGCAAAUGGUCAGAUCCUAUCUAUGAGACGACACAACUUCUCCAAGACGCUAAAACAAAAAAAUAUGACGAAAAGAUGUAUAAGCUUGUGGUGUCAAUGGGUUCUUCUCGGGCUAGCCUCGGUGAAGCAAACAUCAACCUUGCUGAUUAUGCAGAUGCAUCGAAGCCAUCUUCUGUUGUGCUGCCUCUUCAAGGAUGCAACUUUGGAUCUGUUUUACAUGUCACUAUCCAGCUGCUCACUUCUAAAACUGGUUUUAGAGAAUUUGAGCAACAAAGGGAGCUCAGAGAGAAGGGUUUCCGGGCAAUCACCAACCAGAGUGUUCAUGAUGAACCUGCUGGAGAAGUUUCAUCUUCUGCAGAAACAGCCAAUGAUCAGAUAGUUGAGGUGAAUGCAAGGGUUAGAUUUAAAUCAGACUCUGCUGAGCUUCCUUCACUUGAAGAAGAGGGGGAAUUGAAUGAAGAUUACAUGGACUCAGCUGUUGGAAUUGAUGGUUCAUCUCAUACUUCAGAAAGUUUGUAUGCCGAGAAACAUGAUAUUUCCAGUAUCCAUGAAGUUGAUAGCCUUAGGAGUGCAAUCUCUGUUGAAUUAGGUGGAUCUUCUCUAAGCCAAAGCCCUCGGCCUGACAAUGGAGACCAAUGUGAUCCUCGCCUCGCGGCACAAGGGAGCAGUGACUGGGUUCAUGGAUGGAGUUCAGAUUAUUCAGUGGACAAUGAUUUAGCCACUGCUUAUGAGGAAAAUAGUAGACUUAGAGGAAGCUUGGAGGUAGCUGAGUCAUCUAUUUCAGACCUUAAGCUGGAAGUGAGCUCUUUACAAAGCCAGGCUGAUGUUUUAGGCACAGAAACACAAAGGUUUGCCCAGGAACUUGCUGCAGAUAUUGCUUUAGGAGAAGAACUGUCAAGAGAAGUUUCUAUACUGAAAUCCGACUGUACAAAACUCAAAGGUGAUAUUGAAAAACUCAAACAUUCCAAAGCAAGACAGCAUUUUCAUAGCACAGAAACUGAAUUGCUGAGCAAAGAGGUGUGCUGGACAAAGUGUGACCUGUUGGAGGGUUCUUCAUUUGAUAGUAAGAUUGGGGCAAAUGAUAUUGGAAAAUAUCAAGAUUGCUUAGCACAUGAUGUACAGAUGAGGUUGCGACAGGGACUGUCGCUUAUGGAGGAUACAGUACGAGCAAUUCAGAACAAGGCAUGCCAAGAUCAGGGAAUGGACUUGGCCUUCCUUCAGCCUGACCUAGAGGCAUUGGAAUCUGUUGUGCAAGGUCUUAAAGAAGGAAUCUGGCAAGUGACUCCUCUGCAAAAUAUACGAACAGGAGAAAGAACCAGUGUUAAGGCAGUUGGAGUAAUGGGUGUAAACUCUGAGCAGGCUGUCUGGGGAGAUGGGCCAAAGGGGUGUGAUGCAGAAUGUUUUCCCUCUAAAGGCACGGUUAAUUCUGUAGGUACAUCUCUUCAAGUGUUGCAGGAACUUGACCCCCUAAAAAAUGACCUAGAAGCUGCUGAUGUGACUAACAAAAAAUUUUCUGAACUUUCAAGUGAGUUAGAACAGAGCAAAGCUGAACGUGAAAAUCUCAUGAGAAAAAUUGACCAGAUGGAGUGCUACUAUGAAGCAGUCAUUCAGGAGCUCAAGGAAUGUCAGAAACAAAUGCUAGAUGAGUUGCAGAACCUCAGACAUGAGCAUUCUGCUUGCAUUUACACAGUAUCUGAUUUAAAAAGUCAGAUUAAUGGAAUGCACCAAGACAUUAAUGAGCAGCUCCAAAGAUCUGCCGAAGACAGGUGUAACUUAGAUGAUCUUAACAGGGAGCUUGAGAAGAGGGCCAUUGCCUCCGAGACAACACUAAAAAGGGCCUGCUGGAACUAUUCUAUUGCUGUUGGCCAGCUACAAAAGGACCUUGAACUGCUCUCUUUCCAGGUCGUUUCUCUGUUUGAAACAAAUGAGAAACUUGCUCAGCAAGCUUUUACAGAAGUUUCCCAACUAGGUUUUCGGGAAUAUAUUGAAGAGCCUUCUGACGAUGUACACUCAUGCUUGCAGAAGGAUGAUUCUGAAUCUGCACUCCUGAAAGCACAUCAUGAAGCAAAGUUGCAUGAAGUUCAAGCAGACACUGUCAUAUCUGGGGAAACCAAGCCUAAACUGCCUCCAAAGCAGAAUGUUCCGUCUGUGGAGCUCAGUGAAAGGCCUAAGAAGCUGUUGAAUGAAGACAUUCUUUGUGAGGAAGUGAAAAGAUCCCUUCAUUUGCAGGAAGAGCUCCACCAGGAGGCAGAACAAGAAAUUUCUGAAAUGCAUGAGCUGAACUUGCGUUUGGAAGUAUUUUCAAAAGUCCUACAAGAAUCUCUGCGUGAAGCGAAUGUUGGAAUUAGGCUCAUAAAGAAAGAGAGGGAUGAAUUUGCACAGCAGCUAGAACAUUCUGCUGAGGUUGAGUUGCUGAUGCUUAAGCUGCAGGCUGCACUGGACGAGGUAGAAACUCUGAGGGAAUCUGAGGCCAAGUGCAUCAUCAAAUGCGAUGAUUUGGCAUUGAAAAAUCAUACCCUGGAAGUGAAACUAAAAAGUAUUUCAGAUGAGAAUUGUCUUCUUACUCAAAAUGUUACAGAAUGCGAUAUAUUAUUUGAUGAGUGCGCAAGUUAUAGAAGCAAGCAUGAGGCUUGCUCUGCAGAAAAGAAUGGCCUAGAAAAUGCACUGAAACAGGAAAGCUUAGAAAAAAGUCAUCUUCAGAGGGAAAAUAUCUCUCUAGUUGAAGAAUUGAAAGCCUUGCAAGCAGAAUUUGAUAAACAGUUGUCUGUGAAAGAUAGUCUGGAGAAAACUGUUGCUUUCAUGCAAGAUAGGUUGGGGGAUCUGAGGUCUAGAAUGGUUUCCUAUAAUGAGCAAACCAAUGGACCAACCCUUUUUAGUAAAUCUAUGCAGCAAGAAUCAGAGGAUGAGAACUUCAUGACCAUCUUCUUGCAUUUGGAAGAGCUUCAGCAGAGUGCAUAUAUAAAGAUUCUUCAACUCAGUGAAGAGAAGCAGGAACUGAAACAAAAGUUUGAAUCUGAUCUCAGAGAUAUGGCAACUAAGCUAGAUAUGGCAAACACACAUGCAGAAAAGCUUCGGAUAGAGCUUCAAGAUGUUGAAGAUAAACUUACGAUAAGAUCAGAAGUGGCAGAAAAAUAUGCAGAGCAGAACAGAGAGCUGUCUUCAAAACUCGAUGUCUUGGAAACCAAGCUGCAGCAUGUUACUAGUGAAAACAAGGACCUUGCUCAAAAGAUCCUGACUCUUGAUUGCGUCAACAGGGAACUGGAGAAGACAAAAUUGUCCGUUAUGGAUUGUAUGCAGGAAAACAAAGCUUUAAUGAUAUCUUUACAGGCUGGGAAUGAGGCAUCUCUCCAACUGGAGAAAGAGAUUAGUGGCUUAAAAGAAAGUUUGAGAUGUGCGCAUGAUGAAUUGCAGUCUGAUAGAGGCUUGAGAGGUGAAUCGGAGGCUACAGUUAGAGAUCUUACCUCUCAAUUGAACGUGAAACAUGAGCAGGUGCUAUCUUUUGAUGAUCAGAAAGCUGCCUUGGUCCAUCUCAGGCAACAGUUAUUGGAUCUGGAAUUGGAGAAGUCAAGAGUGAGGAAUCUCUUGUUGCAUAGUGAGGAAUGCCAAAGAAAGGUGGAUGAAGAUGAUUCAUCCCUUCGUCUUAAAGUUAUGGAUCUGGAAACUUAUUUGGAAACCAUGCAUGCAUACCUGUUAGCUGCUGAAGUUGAAGUUGUUUUCACAGAAAAUCAGUUCUGGAGUAGGGUGCAGGAGCUUCUUGAAAGACUAAGCUCUUUAGAGAGGUGCAAUGAGGAUCUUCUUUUGAAGCACCUGGAUGUAGUGACCAAGCUGAAUGGUCACAUGGCUGGCGAAGCACAAUGCAUUGAAGAAAAUGCAAAAUUGAUGAUGGCUCUCCAGUCGUUGAAGUCUGAGUUGGAAACCAAUGUCAGUGAGAAGAGAGAGCUUGCUGAUUACGUGGAUAAAAGAAGUUCUAUGUGGGCUGAACUCGAGAAUUGUAAGACUAUGGCAGUCGUGGUGGAAGCUGAAGCUAGUCAAGAGAAGCAUAGGCAGAUUGAACAAUUGAAAAGCAUGCUGAUGAGUUCUGAAGAAGAGAUGGAUAAUCUGCAGUCUUGUAGGGAUGAGCUGGAAAUCACAGUUAUAGUCCUUAGAUCCAAGUUGGAUGAACAAGCUGCCCAGUUAUCAUUGCUGCAGGAAUAUGAGGAUGAGCUGAUGAAGUUACGGCAUGAGGAAAAGCUUCAGAUAGAGCUUCAAGAUGGUGGAAAAGAUGCAGCAAACAUUGUUGCUGCAGAUGAUGUAAAUAAGGUGGAUAGGCUGACUUUCUCAGACAGUGCUAAUAUGUUGAGCUCAUUCAGAGAAGCAAAAGAUGCAUCACUAGUUUCCACGGAUGAAAUGAAAUCGCAUUCCUUAGAGUUGGGAAGGAUGAAAAAUGAAUAUGUGGCUUCACUUCUUCCAGAAGAUGAGCAUCAUUCAGCCCCAGGCUUUCAUGGUUUACAAGGAGAACUGUUGCAAUUACACAUGGCAAAUGAACGAUUGGGAAGCAUAUUUCCUUUAUUUAACAAAUUUUCAGGCAGUGGGAAUGCACUAGAAAGGGUACUUGCGCUGGAAAUCGAGCUUGCUGAAGCAUUGCAAGCAAAGAAGAAUUCAAGCAUUCAUUUUCAGAGUUCAUUCCUCAAACAGCAUAAUGAUGAAGAAGCGAUAUUCAAGAGCUUCAGAGACAUCAAUGACCUGAUCAAAGACACGCUCGAAGUGAAGAGCAGGUAUGCAGCGGUAGAGACCGAGCUGAAAGACAUGCAGGAACGCUACUCCCAACUCAGCCUGCAGUUUGCAGAGGUGGAGGGAGAGAGACAAGAACUGGUUAUGGCACUCAAGAAUGUAAGGCCGCCCAGGAAACCCUAGACAUCAUCAUUACUUCUUCUCAGGAAGUUUGGAAUUUCAAGUUGCGUGCCGCUUGGGGCUGCCCAUCCAUGGGCCCAGUCCUAUACCCUCUGAAGAAAAAUGAUAAGGGCAUCAUUUUGGAUCUGCCAUGAGCUGUAAUUAUGAGUACUGUAAGCUGGGAUAUGCAUAAUAAAACACACUGCAUUUAUCAUCGGUGGUCGGCAAAUCGAAUGGAUUUAUCGACACUGUUCACGUAUACAAUGUGUAUGAUAAUUGUUCAUAUGUGGGUCUGUAAUAUAUAUUGCAUGAUGUACAUUUGGGUCAUAUUCUUUGGUUUGAUCUUAUGGCUCUUUUUAAAGGAAAUGUGUUUUUUGGAGGCAGAUGCGUUUGUGUAAAGAGCUAUCGUUAGUAAUGCAGGAUUGUUUUUUUGCAUCAAAGGAAUUUGUUUGCUUGCAGGUUUUA